AUGGCUCCCUCGAUGCGGCCGGACCCGCGCCGCAAUUCCACUCUCGCGGGCAACGCUCCACCCAACGGCUCGCUUGGCAGCUACUUCAACAACAAUAGUACGCAACAGACCACACGCCCCUCCCCAGGGAUUACUAUGGCACCUAUUGCGGGUCGAUCCAUCUUUGGCACAGCACCUCGCGCUGUAAAUGCCGCCAACAACGCGCUUGAUGGCACCGUCCCCGCCAGUGAAUCCUUAAAGGCGGACAGCAUCAGUAAACCCGGCCAGUCUCUAGACAACCGUUCCGUGACAAUCAUGUUCGGCCCACCACAAUGUCCUGAUCAGAACGUCAUGCCGGCAUCGAUGACCUCGAAGCUUCCCAAGCCCGUCCUGCACGCGAUAAUGAAAUCCACCAGCAAGGAACAGUCGGAUAUCGGAGAGAAGGGUGUCUUAAUCUGCUUUACAUCCUCCAGAUGGUACAAGAACCUCAUCAAGGUCCAGCAGUACCUUGAGAAGGGCGAAUACUCCCCAUGGGACCAAGCAACACCUCUGCAGGUCGUCGACGCGUUCAAAAAUGUUGUUGAUUGGUCGCCAUGGAUGGCAGACGCCGCGGAUAUCGACAGUGCCGACACAACAGACCCGACACACAAGCUUUUCUUGGAGGAGCUUACACUCUACAACUGGGCGUGCUUCACGCAUUACGAUGCGUUGAAGGAGCACUCCCUCCAGAAGAUGCGUAACAAAUUCCCAAUACUGGCCCGCGAGGCUCUUGCCCUAGUGGAUUUCCUCUGCCCAGAAACCAAUGACUUCCCAGCAGACGAGGCCAUGAAGCAGUUCACCAGAGAGGCGGUCGAAAGGAACAAGAAGACGAUAGUAUUGCGGCCCAAAUAUAGGGAAACGUUCGCGAAGGCUAUCGUGAACAACCUUCCUGCAAUACUUCUCGAAGAAGCCCAGCAUGAUCUUGUAGAGUUCCUCCGCAACGAGCGGACACCUUCAGAGAGCAUUCAAGAGAGCAUUCAAGAGAACAUCCAAGAGAACAUCCAAGAUGCGGCUCCACACCCACUUCUCGACUCCUGCACUCUAGAGAAUCUCAUCAACCGCGGUGCUCUUUGCAAGGCCAUAACGCAUGGAUACGGUACUCUGCUCCCUGCAGGGCUAGAUGAACACGGCAGGCUCUUGCGCAAUACGAAGUUCAAGUUCGCUACGGGCGAACUGCUCAUAAUUAGGUUCGAUGGCCAGACUUUCAAUCCGCCAAAUAACGUUGUAGUUGAGAAUCUACGGGGAGAGCGCGGGGAUAUGCUCAAGGAACUGCUUUGUCCCUUGGAUCUGCAUCUCAGCAACGGCAGUCCGUCUGCUGGACCUAGGUUGAUGCAGACGGCACGCUCACCCCAGAUGCAAGUCAAAAGGGAGCCCAAUCGCUCUUCACCCGCUGUCCGUGGUAGAUCUCACGCUCGCAGCCGCUCUCCAGAGGACAAGGACCGUAAAUACCGUCUUAGCCGUAGCCGCAGCCGCAGUCGCGACCGUCGCCGUGUCCCGGAUCGCUGGCAGAAUCCGUAUGGCCGCCGCUGA